AUGCACUCUUGCAAAUCCUACAGUUCCUUGAAAAUGACGCCGCACCCGGCCUCUGGAGUUUGACCUCUUUCUUGGGACUGUCAGACAACUCACGACUGUGGACCUCGAGUGUUUUGUUUCUUACACAAGCAGGUUUGCUUUUGGUUUUCUUUUUUUUCUUUUCCUCUGGCCUACCUCCUCCCCUUUUCCCUUUCGUGUAAUGACCAUGGAGUACGAUCGUUACCUUUCACCGACUAUAGAACGGGAUGUCGACGACAAACUGCAGUCGGAGACGAGGCGAGAAUUGGAGAAGCACAUCGUGUUGAGUGAUGCAUCCCACACGACGAGGCUAGGAACAAAAACGCGUAUCCUACGAGCAUCCGAUGUUUUGUUAUCCUUGGCAGGCAGAUCCACGAGCGAUACGCAGGAACCGUCGGUGGGUGUGGAAAGCUACCAGGAAGCCCUUCGCCUGUUCCCACCGUUUCGCGACGAUGAUGGGGCUACUCUGGGGACGAUCGAUCACCGAUGCCCGGAUUGUGAUGCUGUCUUUUCUUCGCCGAACGAAUUGAAACAACAUUACCUUACCAAGUACUGUCCUGGGGCUGCGAUUGCUGUAUAUGUGAUGACACGAGAUCGGUUGAUAACAAAGGGCUAUCGUAUGGAGAAGCGUCUUGUUCCACUCGAGUCCCGCCCAAUUCGUUUCUAUUGUGGUAGUUGCGAGAGGCAUUUCGCCAUUGAUGAACAUGAACCCCUGGAUCGGCAACGGCAUGCGCCGUCAUUUGUUCAGUGCAGACAUUGUGGGGAGAAGUGUAACAUCUCAUAUGAGCCAGUACUGAACGACCCCCGGGACGACGUGAGCUUUCGAGAUAUUCAAAGGGAUAUUGCAAGUCCCACCGACAGUCGGAGCCCCAGCAUCGCUCAGAUGGGCUCUCGAGGACCCAAAUUCCCGCCAGUGACAAGCCCUAACGAUCAGCCCUUCGUAAGAAAGGCCAAGAAGCUACGAGACUCUUUGUCGCUCAGGAAGUUUUCACAAAGUGAUGAAGAUGAGCUCGUAGCAAUCAGCUUCGCAGGGUUAUACGAUCUGGAAAGAGUGCAUGCUCCAAACGGCAUCUACCAACCCUUCGAAGGCAACGCAACUGAGCCACAUCCAGACCAGUCAGUGACGAGUGUGGCCUCCAGUGGAGUCAACGAUAUACUAGCGUACAGAUCUAAGAGAUCCGGUUUAGCUCUCUGCGAGGAGAAUGAACACCACAAUAAUGAUAUGCACGACUCGGAUGGCGAAUUGCUUGAUGACAGUCAAAACCAGACAGUACCCCGCAGACAAUCUUUCCUAGAGAAGAUCUUUGGCCGGAAGGUCGGCAAGGGUCUAUCGCGCGCACGUUCAACGUCGGAUCGAGGCAAAAGAUUAAUCAAGAAAGCAAACAACAUCCGAUUCUCUUUUGUCACCAAGUACUCGAGAAGUGAAAGCAGGGCAGCUACCCUAGAAAGCGUACGGACUUCGGUAGAUAUGGAAAAGGCAGCAGAAAUCAGACAGCAGGCAAACCAAACACCUAUUCAGGAUGCCGGAUACGUUGCCUUAUUGCGAGAAACUCAGAACAUAUUCAUUCAUGUACAGUAUCUCUCUGGGGGAAUUGUAGUCCAUGAUGCAUCUGGACGUCAAAGAAUACUUGAGAUGGAUGAGGCAGCACAGCUCUUCUUGCAGCUGAGGGACGAGCUCGCCGCCGCUACUGUCUGGUCACGAGCCCUCACUACACGACACCGAGCAGAGGCAGCUUUGAAGCAAGGAAACUCCCGAGCAGCUGUAGUGGAAUAUCAUGACGCCAUGAGGAUGCUAGAAACCACCCCGGCACUGGAUAUUGAUAAACUGUCGCGAGCCGCAAUGCUACAUUCAAUGGGACAGGCUUAUCGCAACUUGGACAUGCCUGCUGAAUCAGAAGCCUGUUACCUGGAGGCUUUAGGUCUAUAUAAGCGGACCCUUGGGCGUGAUGACCCUAAGAACUUUUCCGUUUUGCACGACCUUGGAGCUCUGUGCGAGAGAGACGGAUACGCCACAGAAGCAGCCGCACUGUACGAGCGCUCAUUUGCAGGACGAUUGAAGAUACUUGGGCAUAAUGCGCCGGAGACACUGAGUAGUAUGCAGGACCUUGCUUCUCUAAAGGUUUUACUUGGCGACCUGGAAGCCGCCUUGCUCCUGCUGGAGAAGGUAGUUCCAGCACUCGAAACGGUCUUUGGUCUGCAACACGCAACAACAUUGACUGCAAUGAAUCAACUGUCCAUUUUGUAUCAGAAACUUGGUUUGGAUAAGGAGUCUCGCACAAUAAGUGGCCGGACCAUUCCGCAUUGCAGAACAUUCUUCGGCAUCAAUAGCCCUAUUACCAGAGAUGCAGUUGUCCGAUAUCUCCAGAGCUCUGAGAACUUCGACUUCCCCGCUGAUAUCAAAGACAUCCUUGACCACUACCAACGGUCCCGAGACCCAGACUCCCUGCGUGUGGUCCACCGCUUAGGGAGAUCCUACAUGGAUGCCGGUCUUAAUCAUGACGCAGCAGAGCUUUUCGAAGCACUCGUUGAGGAUUUCAUAACAGUUAAAGGUCUCGAAGCCCCCGAGACAUUUGAUGCGCUCAGUGCGCUAUGUGUCUCUCGCGAACAUCUCGAUUCCGUCGAUAAAGCAAUUCUUGCAUACAAGCAGCUGGUCAAUAUGGCAAACAGAACACCAGAAGAUCACCACUCACGGAAACGAAUCGGGUACGCAGAAAAGAGAAUCUCAGAGCUCAAUCGACGACGAGACAUUCUCGCUACCGAACGCAAAGAAUGGACCUUACAUGAACCAGCUCAAUGUGAGAACUGUGCAACUCCGACGACAGUUCUCUGUAAUACUUGCAAAAUCUUCCGCUUCUGCAACGAAAAAUGCCACAAGGAAGGCCUCCAGACCCAUUUCCCAUACUGCAUCCCAUCCGUUUCUCUCCGAGAAUCCAAAUCCCUCGCCGUGAAGCCCAAGUGCCCCAGCUCAGCACGCGAUCAAGCUAUCUCCAAGAUCCGACGUGUCGACAACACCAGAACGGUCAAUGUAACAGCCAGCUACACCUUCUACCUCGACCCGCGAAACUUCACGACCUUCCGAAUGAAGCUCAACUCCGACACAAACACCGUCAUACUCUUCUCCCUCGAUUCAGACAUCCAAUACGCCACUAUCGAUAACCCCCUUUCAGACCCCAACCAAGGAGAAUUAAGCAGCCGAUCCACUUCCCCAUCCUCAACCUCCACCGCCAACCUCAAGGGCGUCCAAUGGCUCUCCCCAGAUAGACAAGAAGCCAUUGUCUACGUGCCCUCCGAAAUACCUCAACCUCAGUCCCGCUACGUGCUCGUAACCCCCGGGCGAGAGAUGCUCAAAUCGGUCAUCGAGAAGCGAGUCAGUGUGCGCGGCGGUAAUGGCGAGAACGAGCGAUUCCGUGCACUGGAAUUACCCGACGAUGAGCUUAUCGAGUAUGCGCAGGGUCUGCUGCUUACUGGGUACUUAGGGGAGGCGUUUAUGUAUGUGAUUGAAUGGGUGUGGAGAUAGACCAGGCUAGUAUUUUCUUUUUCUUUUCCUUUUCUUCUAUUCUGUAUCCAUUGCGGUGGAUCUAGGUGGGGGAAGUAUAUAUAUAUAUAUUUUGUUCCGAAAGGGGGCUUCUCAUUUUUUGCGUUA